AUGAGCAAAUCGUGCAAAUCAGAUUGCAGCAUUGAUGACCUAAUAGCAACACAUCGAUUCUACAUUUCGUUUGAAAACGCUGAUUGCAACGAUUAUAUUACGGAAAAAUACUUCUUGCGAAUAUCGCAGCUACUUGUUCCUGUUGUGCGGAAAAGACGAAUUUAUGAAGCCGCUGGUAUUCCACAGCAUUCGUUCAUAGCAGCAGACGAUUUCCAGUCGCUGGAAGAACUAGGAAGUUACCUGAAUUUUUUGCGUACAAACGACACUGCGUACCUUCGGUACUUCGAAUGGACAAGACAUUUUCGGAAGCCGGAAAUUCACAAAACCGAAGCAUUGUGUGAGCUGUGUGAAGACAUUCACAAGAAAAAGAGAUUGAUGCUGAACGAUAUCAAGCAGUACUAUAAAACGAAUCAGUGCUUUAACUGA